GCCUGGCUGCCCUUUCUUUAAGUAUUUCUUGAUUGUAUUAGCUACGUUCUUUUUUUAUACAUUCAUUAAUUGUGAUUUGCCCGUCGACGACGCGAUUGAGGGUCUUUUAAAGCGUAAAGGAAUAAUUACUAGGUGAAGAUUGAUCGCCGGAGAGUGGGGUAAAAGGACUGGAAUCGAUCAUCAUGGAACGACACGAGUCGACGUCGGAGUCGAUGACAGAAUCGAUGAUGGAGAUAUCCGAGGCAGAAAAGAGUUUUCCUAUACCACCAAGAAUGAUACCAAGAACAACCGCAAAUGUCCGAAAGACUCUUCCUCCGUUACCUCCGCCAACGCCCUUACCGAUCCCAGACUCGAGUGUGCAAGAAGAGAAAGACGUAAAUAUAAAUGUGGAGGUGAACGCGAACCGGGUGUCAUCCACUACGAAUACCCUCGAGUCGUUAUUGACGGCGUUAGGAGGCAAUGAGAGAAACGUCAGACUGACACUAGGGUCGCCGGAGAUGGAAGAGAAACCCCCAAGGCCGAUAACGAAAGACUGGCCGAGACCAGGGACUGCGGCUACCACCGCUACGAUGGCAACCACGGCAACGGGGGCGUCAUAUUCAACCACAACUUCACAACGGACUAUCAAGUACGGCACGGGAAAAUAUGCGAAAGUCGAACUAUCUCCACAACCCAGCGAAGACCCCGAAGAUCCUCUGAAUUGGCCGCUAUGGAAGAAGCAUUUAAAUUUAGGCGCGCUCCUUUCUAUGGUCGCACUUGUCGGGGUAAUGAAGACGGCGUAUAUCAGCGUGAACAGCGUAAUCGCGAUCGAGGAAACUGUAUCAUAUACAGCAGCGGUCGCCCUAACCGCCGUGCCGUUAAUGGUGUCUGCGAUAACUGGGAUGGCAUCUUUAAUAAUAGCGAGGAUAUGGGGUAAAAGGCCCGUAUAUCUGGCGUCAAUGGUAAUGAUAUUCAUUGGAGUGGUUUGGAACACUCACGUAAGGGGAUGUUUGGCGCAGAACAUGGUCGCGAGGAUAUUCCAGGGAAUGGGAUGGGGCGCAUUCGAUACUUUGGUCUUGGGCUCGAUCCAGGACACCUAUUUUGAACAUGAACGUCAUCUCAUGAUCAUAAUUCACUAUACUGUCUCAAUCGCUACUAUGCUAGGUUCUCCAUUACUUGGCGGCACUGCGUCAGCUAGCGCAAGGGGUUUCGAAGUUCAAUUCGAGAUCAUGAGUGCAUUCCUAUCGCUUUCGAUUCUACUGCUAGUCUUUGGAGCCCCUGAGACAGCUUACAACCGUACAGUGGAGGAAAUACAACCACCAACCAUCGAACGUUCUCAGGCUCUCUGGCCAACCGUGACGUACACGAAAGAAGCCGCUAUUGAAUAUGUCACCAAGAUGAAGCCUUGGUCAUAUCAAGCAAACGAAAUCAACUUAUCUCUAAUCUUACAAGCACCCCGAGCCAUGGUUGCACCGACCACCGGACUCCUUUUCACCGUCACACUUCUCCCCUACGCCGGUUUCUGGAGUCUAGCAAGCUCGCUCUCCCUACUCUUCUCUCCCCUCCCCUUCAUGCUGCCUUCAGCACCCCUCGGCACUCUCAUGACAGGACCAUUCCUCCUCGCAACCCCUGUAGCCGUAGCGCUCGCCUCAUCCAUGUUCCAAAUACGCUUCACACACACCGUCCAUCUGACAGCUCUUACCGUCGGCACCGGCAUCGCCUCAAUCGGCAUGCUCGGAUUCGGUCUGUACCUCGCGGGGUCAAUGGAGAUGCCAACAGACGGCUCCGCCAAACCGUUCAGCACGCCGUGGGAUCUGGGAUUAAACCGGAUCAGCCUGCCCGUCGCGUCAUUCCUGCUCGGUCUCCUAGCAGCAGGGUCUUUGGCAUUAGACGCCACCAUCCGGCCGAUCAUCCAACAGUCUACGGCAUUUACCUCGGCCAAUCUCGCAGUCGGUCUGCGCAAUACGGCGGAUAUGCACGGUGGUCUGACAUGUCUGCGGAGUUUCGUCGUCGGCGCUUUUAUCCUCGGCUUGCCUAAUGCGAUUUUCAUGUGGGAUGGCCUGAAGGCGGCGACGCUGGGGAUAGGGAUCACGCAGAUCGUUGUCACGGCGGCGGCGUGUGCGGUUUACUGGUACUGGGAUGAGAAUGUGCGACGCCUUGAUGGGCGUGUGAUGGGGCUUAUUGACUUGUCUAGCUUGAAGAGGACGGCGAGUUUCUUUGAUGAGUCGGAUUGAAGGGUUUCUUAUGCCUUAGUGGUAGGUAUAGAGAAAUGGGAAGUUUGGGGAGGUCGAUCCGUGGUGUUAUUCGACACUAAUGUUGGGGCAAAGGUGGAUAUUAUGAGAUUCAGAACC